AUGCUCAAACCUCAAACCAAUGCCUACCGGGAGCUUGUCUCUCUGGAUGGCAUCUGGAACUUUUCCCUUGCUCAAUCCGUCGAGCUAGAGACUGAACAAGCCUGGAAACAGGCGAUCCCACCAACCCUCCAAAUACCGGUUCCAGCCAGCUACAACGACAUAUUCGUGGACCCAAAAAUCAAGGACCAUGUUGGAUGGGUUUACUAUCAGAGAAACGUAACCAUUCCUCGAAGCUGGUCUGGGCAACAAUAUGUUUUGCGAUUCGACGCGGCAACUCACAAAGGUCGAGUUUACAUCAAUGACCAGUUCCUUGUUGAGCAUAUUGGAGGGUACACACCCUUUGAGGCUGACGUCACGGACCUUGUCGCCCCUGGACAACAAUUUCGCCUCACUGUGGCUGUCAACAAUGAGCUCGACUGGCAUACUAUUCCUCCUGGACGUGUCGAGACACUUGAGAAUGGAAAGCGGAAGCAACAUUAUCAGCAUGACUUUUUCAACUAUGCAGGACUCGCACGAUCUGUGUGGCUGUAUAGUGUGCCUGAAAUCUCUGUCAACGACAUUACCGUGGUGACUGAUGUUCAGGGGAGCACUGGGAUUGUCAAAUUUGAGGUGGCGGUCAACGUCCCACUUGGUCAGCAUACCUGCAAGGUCACACUGCUUGACGAGGAGGGCAAUGCUGUUGGUCAAUCAUCAGACCCCAAAGGCUCCAUUACUGUUGACUCGGUUCAUCUGUGGCAACCUGGAGCGGCAUAUCUAUAUCAGCUUCGCGCUGAAAUCGUCUCCCAGGGUGAGACAGUGGAUGCAUAUGACCUCGCUGUUGGAGUCCGAUCCGUCAAAGUGUCUGGCAACCAAUUCCUCAUCAACGACAAGCCAUUCUACUUUACAGGGUUUGGCAAGCACGAGGACACCCCAAUCCGCGGCAAAGGACAUGACCCUACAUACAUGGUUCAUGAUUUCCAGUUGAUGAACUGGACAGGUGCCAAUUCUUUCCGCACCUCUCACUAUCCCUACGCGGAAGAGGUUCUGGAGUAUGCCGACAGGCAUGGCGUUGUGGUGAUUGAUGAGACAGCAGCAGUCGGUCUCAAUCUCACCAUUGUCGCUGGAAUCUUUGGAUUAAAACCCAUCCCGACCUUUUCGCCAGACACAAUGAAUGACAAGACGCAAGAUGCUCAUGCACAAGGCAUUCGAGAGCUUGUGGCUAGAGACAAGAAUCACCCUUCUGUGGUUCUAUGGACCAUUGCCAAUGAGCCGGCGGCUAGUGAACCAGGAGUCCGCGAGUACAUGGAGCCGCUGGUGGCCCUGACCCGCAAGCUGGAUCCUACUCGCCCUGUCUGCUUUGCAAACGAAAAGCAGGCCAGUAUCCACAAGGAUCUGAUCGCCGACCUAUUCGAUGUUAUCUGUCUGAAUCGUUACUACGGCUGGUACCUAAAUACUGGAGAUCUAGAGGCAGCUGAAGAGGGUCUGGAACAAGAAUUACGGGAGUGGGAGGGAAAGUAUGGCAAGCCCAUCAUCAUGACGGAGUAUGGGGCCGACACCCUUGCAGGUCUACACACGGUCGGGGACGUUCCUUGGAGCGAGGAAUACCAGAGCAGGGUUCUCGAGAUGUCCCACCGCGUGUUUGAUCGAGUGGAGAGUGUAGUUGGUGAGCAAGUGUGGAAUUUUGCCGACUUUCAGACGCCUUCAACGUUCAUCUUUCGAGUUGAUGGCAAUAAGAAGGGCGUGUUCACUCGAGAUCGUAGACCUAAGAGCGCAGUCCAGGUUCUCAGGAAGCGAUGGACCAGUAUGGCUCAGAAUCGAGCUUCGAAGUGA